UCUAGGCCGGCGCGGGAGAAGGCAGAGGCAAACGGAGGGCUCCUCGCGCGCUACCGUUACGGCCUCCCUCUAUGAAUUCUACGACACGUUUAGCGUCAUAGCGCGGUGCACUCUGGGAAGAGGGAGAAAUCACUGCGGGGAGGGCGGGAGCGCGAGCAGAGCGGCAGGCGUUGCAUAGCAACCCACGUCGGCACGGCCUAGGCUGAGGAAGUUGCUGCCAGGAUGGUGACCGUUAGUGCAGGUCAGUGGGAUGAGACCAUUUGUAAUAUGGUUGCUUGCCAACACCCACCCUGCUGGGAGGCGAUGCGGAGGAUUGAAAGUGGGCAUCCCCGAAUCCUGUUAAGAGCCCUUGAUUCCUCUGAGAAAGAUUCCUCGGAAUCCGAAGAUGAACUGCCAACACUGAAGAUCCUGAACCUUCCCCUCAAUUAUUCUCAGAGAGAGAGGUUCAAAUGUGUUGAAAGUUUUGGUUCCAUCUCCAAGACCAUCUCCAGUAUCAAAGAUGCUAAAAGUUAUUUUUCGAAUACUACCUUGAAUGAUACUGUGAUGCACCCCAUCUCAGUAAUGAGUUCCGAACGGAAUCCCUUCCCAGGACUGAACUCCAGGAUGGAUUCUCAGACUCCUCACUUCACACCGCUAAGUUUCACCUGCUUGAGGCAAGCUGAGAAGAUACAGGUGACAGAUCUUGGUGAAUUUGCUGUACACAGAUUGGGUUACCAGCCAGCCUAUGAAAACUUGAUUGUCAGGUGGGUUCCGGACAUACGGCACAGACAUAUGCGACUUGAGAAGCCAGCCUCAAGAGGAGUGACACCUACUCAAAGGAUGUGCGUGAAAGAUCUUGCUUUGGAAAGCAUGCUCUCUUUUAAGGAAAAGAAAGAGACAAAAAGAAAGAGGUCAAAUAAAGUUCCUACGGGAGGCCAGCCUUACCUCCUUCAUCUAAGGAGGAGCCAAAAAAUUCCUGACAGCAUAUCAAGUCUAGUAGGCAAAGCAAGGAAUCCCAAGCAAAGCCCCAUCCAGAAGAGGCCAUUCUCCCCAUGCCACAUGCACCUGGCUCCUAUCAUACCACCGCAAAAUGAGGGCACCCUUUAUCUGGAGAACAGAAGAGGAGUGUUGCCAGAGAACAAGGAGAAACUGGCACCCCCAUUUACCGUACAGAAGGCACCCAGUUUAUACAGAUUCGAAACUAAGAUUCCCAUGAAAGGAAGAGGUUUAAGAAGAACCCCCGGCCAACUGAAGUUUGCCUUAGGAGGCUCAGAGGUCUUCAGGCGCCCGAUGCCAAGUAGAACAGAGCAGCUGAAUGCUGCUGAUGCCCAAUGCCAUACAGGAGGGGGACUGCCAGAAAAAUCCCAGCAGCCACAGAAAGCUUCUGCUGCAGAUGACUGCAGCCCCCUGAUGCUGCUCAUGACUGCUGCUAGGAGGAAGUCUUCUGUGAAGUUCAUGGAGUACAAAAGCAAUUUGGCCAAUGUGAGCACGGAAGGGUACGAUAACUGUAUUCCCCGAAUGUCGAGAACAGAGUCCAAGUACAACCAGUACUGCAAGCAGCUCACAGGCCGGAAGGAGGCCACCCUGGCUCAGGCCAGUGAUCCAUCAGCAGUCGGCAGGGAGCCCUGGCCCAAAGAAGCAGCUCAAAAUACCCCUGAGGAGAAUUUCCUGCCGCCACUGGGGUUCACUAAUCCCCCUCCCCCUCCGCCCUCCCCACUCAUCUCUGAGAGCAGUGAUAAUCCUUCUCUAGAUCUGACUUUAAGCUGAAAGAGAUGUGUGUGUGCAGGCAACAGUCUUCUCCAAGG